AGCAGCAGCAUCGAUGGACGACGAUGCGUGAUUAGAAAUUGACGUUUAGUUGACAAAUAAGGUGAAAAAGUUCGUUUAUGCAGGUUAAAUAUAUGGUCAUUGUAUUGUGAGGUCAAUUUCGGAUUUCAAACUUACCAUGUCAGAAAGUAGAGAAGAAAUUCUAGCCGAUUUUCAGGCGUGCACUGGCGUCGAAGACGUAGCCGAAGCAAUUUUCCAUCUAGAGGAAACCAACUGGGACCUAUUACGAGCGGUUAGUAGAGUUAUGCCUCCGGAUAGCCAGUCGUUUCAUCCAAGAAAUGAUCCGGAUAUUAUGAUCGUGGAGGACGAUUCGAGCGCGUCGUCGCAGCCGAUAGAAAAUGCCACAGACAUGAUGGAGAUAGGUAAUAAUGUCGGUCAUCUGCCGACAAAGAAAUCUCACAAAGAAAAGUCCCAGGAAAAUAAUUUCGCCUCUACGUCGAGCGGGAGCACCGACGUUAAAAUGCUGACGUUUAAUAUAAAUUACUCCGAUAGGCUGAUUAAAAUUAGAUUACCAGAAAAUGCCAACAUAAGCGAUUUGAAACAAAAACUAAGUACCGAAUUGAACGUACCUCCGUGCAGACAGAUAUUGUCGAAUUGGGCGCGCCUGUCGCAAUACGAGAAAUCUCCAUUUUCAAAGUUAAUGUUGCCAGAUGAAAAUGAGUUGCAUUUAAUUGUGAAGUCUACUGGGGAUGGAGUGACAGCGGAGGACGAAAACGAAGUCACUCAAAAACUAAAUGGUACUUAUAUGUUACACAUCAAAUACGAGGAUAAGACCUACGAUUUGAAAUAUGAGGGGAUAAAACCCAUUCUUCAAGUUAAAACGGAUGUGUAUACUUUCACCAGUAUACACGUUAGGAAUCAGAUAUGGACGGGUUGGCCCCCCAAUAUAGACGAUAAUACAAUGUUAGCCUUGUCAGGAAUUAACUUUCCGGAACAUGAUUUGACUGUAAGAAAAAGCGCGCACUCUCAGCAAAAGGAAAAACGAUCCAUGCCCCAGAUCGUUCAAAUUGACAGUGAUGACGAAUUCGAGGACGCUUCGGAAAGUUUUAACGUCGACGACGAUUAUUUUGUCGAAAACGAGUCGUCAUCGUCGUCCAAAAAAAUGGAACCUUUAAUUCCAGAGCAUGUAGAAGACGAACUGAUCGGAACCAUCACCUUCGCGGAACGUUUCACCAACAGGUACGGCCCCAUUCAUCCCGCUUUCUAUCAGGGAACGUUGGAGGACGCGCUCAAGGAGGCCUGCGCGAAACCAGCAAAAGACAGAAAGAUCCUGGCCAUAUAUCUCCAUCACGACGCGAGCGUGUUAACCAACGUUUUUUGUACCCAACUGCUCGGCUUCGAGAGCAUAAUGCAGAUCAUCGAGAAGAACUUCAUCCUGUGGGGUUGGGACAUUACGUACGAAAAUAACCGGCAAAAGUUUCACGCGGCCCUCGCGAAUUCGUUGGGGCCCACCGCGCCGAUAAGUUUGCGAAAUAUACCCGUGGACAGGUUGCCCGCGAUGGUUCUGGUGAUGAAGAUCAGAUCCGCCACGGAGAUUUUCAACGUCGUCAACGGUAACGUGGGCGUGAACGAACUGCUUUCCACGCUGAUCGAGUGCGUAGAAAUGUUCCACGAACAUCAGACCGUCGAAAUGAAGGAGGAGCAGGAAAGGGCCGAAAGGGAACUGGUCAAGUGGGAACAGGACCAGGCGUAUCGCGAGAGCCUGGAAGCGGACAGGGCAAAGGAGGAGGCGAAACGCACACAAGAGAGGGAAGAGUUCGAGGCGCGGAAAAAAUUGGAAAACGAAAAGGCGGAGAGCGAAGCGAGGAAGGAAGCUCACAGGCGGAAAGUGGAGGCCGGUUUACCGCCCGAACCUCCCUUAGGCGACGAUAUCACGAAAAUAAGGUUUAGGCUGCCUAAGGGGGUCAAUAUCGAGAGAAGGUUUAGCGCGGACACUCCUUUGCAGGUGUUGCUUGAUUUCUUGGUGGUGAAAGGCUAUCCCAACGACGAGUACAAAGUGAUUUCCAGUUGGCCCAGAAGAGAUUUGACGGCGCUCGAUGGUAAACAGACUUUGAAAGAAUUGAAGCUCUGUCCUCAAGAAACUGUGAUAUUAGAAGAACGUUAGUUUUGCUGAAUUUUCUAAUACCGUGAUUAUGAAUCGUUUUUUUUUUUGUAACAGCAUUUAAAUUAAUUACAAAUGUAUAGUUAAUAUAUUUUUAAUUUAUGUAGUGUUACUCUUUAGUUAUAAUGAUUUAAGUAAACUUUUUAAUGUCGA